AUGGCGGCGGGGAUCGGCUACGCUCUGGUGGCUUUAGGACCUUCUCUUUCACUUUUCAUCUCCGUCGUCUCCAAAAAGCCAUUUCUCAUCCUCACUCUUCUCUCCAGUACUUUGGUGUGGCUUGUGAGUUUGAUCAUCUUGUCGGGAUUAUGGAGGCCAUUUCUUCCACUCAAAGCAAAUGUAUGGUGGCCUUAUGCUUUACUUGUUAUCUCCUCUGUUUGUUUCCAGGAAGGUCUUCGAUUUCUCUUCUGGAAAGUUUACAAGAGUCUUGAGGAUGUCUUGGAUUCCUUUGCGGAUCGAAUCUCGAGGCCUCGCCUGUUUCUCACUGAUAAGAUGCAGAUUGCUCUUGCUGGUGGUUUAGGUCAUGGUGUGGCUCAUGCUGUCUUCUUUUGUUUGAGCCUCUUAACACCGGCAUUUGGUCCAGCCACAUUCUAUGUCGACAGAUGUUCGAAGGUGCCAUUUUUUCUCGUCUCUGCAAUCAUUGCUCUUGCAUUUGUCACGAUCCACACAUUCUCGAUGGUCAUUGCUUUCGAAGGGUAUGCAAUAGGGAACAAAGUAGAUCAAGUAAUAGUUCCAGUCAUACACCUUGCCGCUGGAAUGUUGACAUUGGUGAAUUUUGCAUCGGAAGGUUGUGUAAUCGGCGUUCCUCUUCUUUACGUUCUGGCAUCUUUGACUCUUGUGCAUUGUGGAAAAAUGGUUUGGCAAAGGUUGAUAGAAAGCCGGAACCAAAGCAGCCCUUCACUGUAA